AUGGCUUCUCUGCUCCUCCACCUUGCGUUCUAUCUUCUGAAAGCAGCCUUGGCAGGGCUACUCUUGUGCGUUGUCGGAUGGAUCAUACUGUUCAUCGUCUUCUACGCCAAGGAGUCGAUCCAAGGUUCCAACAGACCUCCCAUCGCCGGCACCAUCUUCCACCUGCUGAUCCACUUCAACGCCCUCUUCGACUUCCAGACCGCCGUCGCUCGCCGGCACAAGACCUUUCGGCUGAUCGCACCCUCUCACAGCGAUAUCUACACGGCCGAUCCGGCCAACGUCGAGCAUGUUCUAAAGACCAACUUCUCCAAGUACAGCAAGGGGCAGGGCAACUAUACCGUCAUGAGGGAUCUGUUCGGCGAUGGGAUCUUCGCGGUGGACGGCGAGAAGUGGCGCCACCAGCGGAAGCUCGCCAGCUUCGAGUUCUCCGCCAGAGUCCUUCGGGACUUCAGCAGCGUCGUGUUCAGGUCGAUCGCCGCAAAGCUGGCGCAGAAGAUCUCCGACGCCGCCGCCACCGCGAGUGUCUUCGACAUGCAAGAUCUUCUGAUGAAGGCGACGCUGGACUCGAUCUUCAAGGUGGGGUUCGGCGUUGAGCUCGACACCCUCUCGGGAUCGGAUGAGUUGGGGGCUCGCUUCAGCGAGGCCUUCGACGACGCCAACUCCAUCGUGUUCUGGAGGUACGUCGACGUCUUGUGGAAGGUCAAAAGGCGUCUCGACGUCGGCAUCGAGGCUCGGCUGAAGAGGAACAUCAAGGUGAUCGAUGACUUCGUGUUCCAACUCAUCCGCCGCAAGAGAGACCAGAUGAACAACGGCGAAGAAGACAGGGUAAAUGAUCAAGAACACCUGCAAAAUCUUUCCUUUGCUUGUGACCUUGAUCUUGUUCGAAGCACUGCGCAGAUGAGCAAAGGAGACAUACUGUCGAGGUUUAUACUGGCAAAGGAAAAGGAACCCGAAAGCACGAGCGAUUCGUACCUGAGGGACGUGAUUCUCAACUUCAUGAUGGCCGGGAAGGACACCACCGCGAACACCCUCACCUGGUUCUUCUACCUGCUGUGCAAGCACCCAUCGAUACAAGAGAAGGUCGCAGCCGAGGUGGAAGACGCGACCAAGGCGGAAGGAAACAAGUCGGACAUGGCAGAGUUCGCCAUGAGCUUAACCGACGAAGCCAUCGACAAGAUGCAGUAUCUCCAUGCCGCGCUCACCGAGACCUUAAGGCUCUAUCCAGCUGUUCCUGUGGAUGGGAAGAGUGCAGACGAAGAUGAUGUGCUACCUGAUGGCUUUGAGGUGAAGAAGGGAGACGGAAUCACUUACCUGACCUACGCCAUGGGGAGGAUGACGUACAUUUGGGGUGAAGAUGCUGAAGACUUCAGGCCUGAGAGAUGGAUCGAGAAUGGAAGUUUCAAGCCGCAGAGUCCAUUCAAGUUUGUCGCCUUCCAUGCGGGCCCUCGGAGUUGCCUGGGGAAAGACUUCGCGUACAGGCAGAUGAAGAUUAUGGCCGCCGCCACCCUCCGUUUCUUCAGGUUCCAUCUGAAGGACGAGUCAAAGACCGACAGAUACAGACCAAUGUUUACUCUGCACAUACGUGAUGGCCUUCCUCUGCUAGCAUUCUACAGGCAAAUUUAGACUGAGCUACCUAUGCAUUGUAGUAGUUCAAGUGGCUCAGACCUCCUCAUAUGUCUCUAAACUAUUUGGUGUUGUGUCAUUGAGAUAGUAAAUACUCUUGGGAACUCUUA